UUUUGAGUUUUUUCUACCUUUUUUAAUCCUUGUUUAGGGUUUUGCUCAUGACUUCAGUCUACUUGGUUGAAUUACUCUGAUAUUCUUAAAUGAUGCUAUAUGGUAAUUAGUAGUUGUAGCAGUAGUAAUAAACAGGAUUUUGCAGCCAGCCCCCGUGUUGGUAUGGUGGAUUUGCCCUCCUUUCCCCCUGCCUUUACACCCAUCGUUCUGAGACUCAGUUCAAGUAAAGAAUUUCAAUGGCUAGCAUCAUGCUCUUUUAGCAUCAUCACCUGCAAACUAGUCUACAAAAUAACAGGUUUCAUCAGCCAUUUUUGUUUCAAAGGAUACAGAAAGCUAAGCAAUGAAAAAAAAGUUGAAUGGAACAAUCGGGGAUUUUCAACUUUCCAUGCUCUUAUUGCAGCGUUGGCUUCUCUGUACCUCCUAUUUGUCUCAGAUCUUUUUCAUGAGGAUUCCAGUGAUGAGUUGAUUGUUAAUAGAACCUCUAUUAUAUCAAACACGAUAUUAGGGUUCUCUAUUGGUUAUUUUCUAUCAGACUUGGCGAUGAUUUUUUGGCAUUUUCCGGCUUUAGGAGGUCUGGAGUAUGUCCUGCACCAUGGGCUAUCCAUGUUUUCGAUUUUUCUCUCCCUAAUAAGCAGUCAAGGGCAGAUUUACAUAUUAAUGGUUCUCUUCUCAGAGAGCACAACACCUUUUGUAAAUUUGAGAUGGUACUUGGAUGUUGCUGGUCAGAAGAGCUCUAACAUUUAUAUCUACAAUGGCAUUGCAUUGUUCUUUGGGUGGUUGAUUGCAAGGAUUUUUCUGUUCAUCUAUUUUUUUGCCCACAUGCUUAACCAUUUUGAUCAGGUUAAGAAGAUAUUUCCCUUGGGCUUCUACAGCUUGCUCACUGUACCUGCAAUGUUGGCCUUGAUGAAUGUAGCAUGGUUUUGGAAGAUAAUAAAGGGAUUGAUUAAAACAGUUUCAAAAGCAAGACACAGUGAAUAAUCCAAAUGUGUGUUUAAUGGUGGGCCUGCAAUGUGAACAAGACCCUUUGUUGUAUCAAAUUAUGGAUACUAAUUGUAAAAUGAGUCUGUAAAAUCGAUUGUUAGUGGUGUUUUGUGAAUGUGAAGUGUGUAAUUCAGACAUGGUUUUGGGAAUUGGUAAGAGAAGGAAUUUGAUCUUUGUGAACCAA